AUGGCGGAAUCUCCGGAUCUCACGGCGAAAGCCACGGCUUUUCUCAACACUAGAAACUUAGAAGAAGUAGCGAAGGUUUUAUUCCCACUCUUCAUGGAUCAAGAAACCAGCGAACACCAAUCGUCGCUUGCUCUCUACGAACACUGCGUCGCCACUUCCCCAGAUUCCCUAACCCGUAAGCUCCUCAACGUUUAUCUAUCUUCUCCCAGCGCCAUUUUCCGAUUCCGAGCGAUCCACCUCCUCUCCGAAACAAUCUCCGAUUUAAGAAACUGCAACUUCAGAUUCUCUCCCCCGGAACUCAAUCUCAUCAAACCCCUUCUGAUUUCCUGCUUAUGGAAGAAAGAAUCCAAACCAUCCGACAUCAAAAUCCUCGCGAGAAUCGUCUCCUUCGUAGCCCACAACAACGGCGGAGAAUGGAACGAGCUCAGCGAUUGCAUCCUCGAGCUCGCGAACACCGAUCCCCGGAAGGCGUGUCUCGUCGUCCUCGAUCUGCCGCUAGCGUACGGGAGAUUCAUCACCCGGUUUGCUAAACCGAUUCUGGAGAAAACCGAGACGAUGCUGCUCGGUGGUGGAGAGAGAGAUUGGAGUUUGGCAUUGCAAACCGCAAUCAAAAUCGCUGUUCAGGUCUCGGAUUCAGAAACCGACGUUGAGAGGAUUGUUCUGAAGCCAGCUGAGGAAACGGUGAAGAAAGAGUUUCUACAAAAAGGGAUUGAAGAUCUCAAGAAGUUCUUAGCGAGAGAUGGGAUUGUUUGUAGGUACAACGACGAUCAACGCUUCUUCGUCGGGUGGUUAGUUUUCAAGAUCGCUGUUUGUUGCUACCAAACGAUUGAACAGAGCAAGAGAGUCACGAGUGAGGUUCUUAGAGUGCUUAAGAAACCGAGAAAGUAUGAGAAAGAUGUUGGAUUUGCGAGUGACUGGUGGGACUAUUUGACGGAGUUAUCUCCGGUGGAUGUUUUGAGAGUCUAUGCGUUGAAGAACAUCGGAGGGGAGUCUAAAGAAUUAGCAAUCAAGCGGCUCAACUUUGUACUGUUUGAACACACUUCGGAGAAGGUGAAGAUAGAGGUUCAAGUGAUGAGACAGCUCCAGGGGAAUCUUAUCUUGCGUCUCAAGGAAGAAGGAGUCUCUGAGAACAUGUUUAGAGUUCUAGGUGAAGUUGUGUUCCACGUUGCUAAUGAGAUGUUGAGCUCUGAAGAGGAUAAAUGGUUUGAUCUCUGGAGCUACAUUGGAUCAGAAUGCAAAACAGAGUUUAAGAAAGCUGUUUAUGUGUUCCAGUGCUUGACAAUGUGGCUUGAGGAUAAAGAAUUUGUGAUUCCUGCGGUUGAUAAUCUGCUCCCGGAGAUAACAAGAAGGCUUAAACAUCCUUUGGUAGAUGAGAGUUGUUGGGCCUUGGCGUUUGUGGGUGCGUUCUGUGCCAUGAUUCAUUUGGUAGAGAUGAGUGAUCGCGUUGAAACUGUUAAGGAGGUUUUGUGUAUUAUGGUUGGUUCGGUGAGAGAGCUUGUGGGAAGAAGAAUGGAAGUAGGGUUUGUGAGGAGAGGUUUUAGAGAUGUGGAGAGCGUUGUGAAGAAAGAGUUGAAGUGGUACAGUGCGAGCGAGUACAGAUUCGUUAAGGGUUUGCUUCGGAGGCUGUAUGAGAUCAAAGGCAUGGAAAUGGAGAGUAAGAUUGUGUUGUGGAGGAUCAACAAGAUUGUCGAGAGAGGAGUGAAAGAUGUGGUUAAAGAGUAUCCAAAGGGAUGGCUUGAUUGGUUGAAGAAACCUGAGGCUUAG